AUGGCUGCUGAACACCAGUCGGGGCCUCGUCAAGACCAUAAAAAACCGAUCCAAGACCCACACACGCAAGACGAUGCAUCAGACAGUGACGAGGACGAGUUUCACGAUGCACGUUUCCCCGCGGAGGAGGAAGCUCGUCUUUUGAAAGAGUCCCAGGAAAUCAAAAAGGAAGCAAAUUCACUCUUCACUGCUGCUUGCUAUGAUCAAGCCAUCUCUACCUACGACCGUGCUCUGUCCUCGUGUCCCAACUACCUCGACUACGAUAUCGCCGUUCUCCGCAGCAAUAUUGCUGCAUGCUACCUGAAAACGGAAGAAUGGAAGGCCGCCAUUGAUUCUGCCACGGCCUCUCUGGAUCGCUUGGAGAAAAUCAUUCCAAUGACUGACGGGAAGAACAAAACUGGCGAAGGAAAACGCGCAUCCGAUCCCGCAGCAACCUCAACGGAAAACACAGACGUGGUGGAACUAUCAGCAAGCGAUGCUGAAGCGGAGGAGAAACAGCUGGCUCAGUUAAAAGACCUUGAUACGCAACGAACCAAUGUGCUUCGAAUCCGGGCAAAGUCAUUAAUGCGACGAGCAAAGGCGAAAUCAAAUUUAGGCGGAUGGGGGAAUUUGCAGGGCGCAUUGGAAGACUAUCAAGUGUUGAGCUCCAUGGAAACUUUACCGUCAGAUGAGAAGCGUAUUGUACAAAAGGCACUCCGGGAGCUACCUCCCCGGGUGAACGAGGCCAAGGACAAGGAAGUCGGGGAGAUGAUGUCCAAGAUGAAGGAGUUGGGCAAUGGGUUUCUCAAACCAUUCGGCCUAUCGACUGAUAACUUCAAGUUCGUUCAAGAUCCUAAUACUGGCGGAUAUUCCAUGAAUUUCCAGUCCUGA